CAAUGAUUUUUAAUGUCUCCUUAAUGCAGGUUGUCCGUUGGGGUAGAUCUGUAUAUGCAAAUAUCCAGAAAUUUAUCCAGUUUCAGCUUACGGUUAAUGUUGCAGCUCUUAUUAUAAAUGUUGUGGCUGCAAUUUCUUCUGGUGAUGUCCCAUUAAAUGCAGUGCAGCUCCUGUGGGUUAACCUUAUCAUGGAUACUCUUGGAGCAUUGGCACUGGCUACUGAGCCUCCAACAGAUCACCUGAUGCAUAGACCUCCAGUUGGUCGUAGGGAACCACUAAUUACAAAUAACAUGUGGAGGAACUUGCUGAUACAGGCAGCAUAUCAAGUGAGCGUGUUGCUUGUCCUUAAUUUUCGAGGGAAGAGCUUACUGGGGUUGGAGCAUGAAACCCCUCAGCGUGCAAACAAGGUGAAGAAUACCUUGAUAUUCAAUGCAUUUGUGCUCUGUCAGAUCUUCAAUGAAUUCAAUGCCCGGAAGCCAGAUGAAUUAAAUAUUUUCAAAGGGAUUACAAAAAACCAUCUUUUCAUUGUUAUAGUUGGAAUAACACUUGUACUUCAGGUUAUCAUUAUUGAGUUUGUUGGGAAGUUCACUUCUACAGUCCAGCUCAAUUGGAAACAGUGGCUGAUUUCAGCAGUUAUUGCUAUUAUCAGUUGGCCGCUUGCUGUUAUUGGUAAACUGAUACCUGUUCCACAAACUCCCUUGCACAAGUUCUUUACAAAGAUGUUUCAUCGAAGUGGUAACUCUCCAAGUGAUCAGUAGAGGUCUCGAAAGACUCACAGUACUAACAUCAACCUGGCUAAUAUAAAUUUACUAGUCUAUCAGCACAGUUUCUUCAUAUUUGCUUCAUAGGACGCUACAGAUGUGCACGGAUGGUGACAUACUUGUGAAGAAUUUUUUAUUUUUUUCACUUAUAACUUUAUGCUCCAGUGUCUAGCGAGGAUUGUCUAGGAGAAAAAUAACUUACUCGAGUUCAAUUUAGCACAUACCUUUUCUAGAUUGUGUUUACAGUUAUGAAAUCAUGGAACCAAAUGCAUUAACAUUUUUUUGAAUUAAUGCAUGGAAUGUUUUGUCAA